AUGGAUUUUACCACACCAGCCAAACAGAGGGAGCUGAGGGCGGCAUUUGAAAGGAUAGGGUCUACUGUAGUGGUAGUCUACGGGCCUCCGGGAUCGUCGAAGACCUACAGUAUAAGAAAGACGGCGGACUCUCUAGGCCUUACUUUAGAAUACAUUGAGGAUGUCGGGAUGUGCAGAGGCAUGCUUCCAUCUCGAAAUGCAGUGUGUCUUACGGACAUGGAUGAUUAUGAGUAUCUGGCUAGACACAGGGGUAGGUUGGGGGCAGUGAGGAACCUAGUGAUUGAGACCCGGACACUGGUCUCCAUCGGAAAGAUUCUCCCGAAUGCCAUUGUUGUGAGGUUUGGAAAAGUUUCGAGCGGAAAGAUCCAGAAAUUCUACGGCUUGAGCAAGGAGGAGGCCUCGGCGGUUGAUGGAAACCUGCAUGCCGUAGGGUUUUGCAAAUAUUCUGUAGGGAGCGAGAUGGUGUCGAUAUUCCACCUUCUUGGUAAGCUAUUUCACUCAAAGGUAGUUAACGUGUCUAAAGCCAGCGAGAUGGCCAGAGUGCAUGGAAGAGAUAGGUUUUUUGGGUAUGUGUUGGAGAACUGUCCUUUUUUUAUGUCUAUGGACGAUGUUCAUAGGCUUAUUGAGGGGUUUAGCCUUGAUGACUUGGGAGGGGAGCAACUAGAACGCUUGAUAUGGAUUAUCGUGGACUCGGAGAAGGUGGAGACAAAGGGGUUUUUUAGUUUUAAGUCGUUCCGAGGGAUCGGCAGCGAGCAUGUGUGUAGCAGUCUUUGCAUGAAUAGGUGA